AUGUCAAAGGUGCAUGGUAUGAAUCCAGGACAUGAACAUUAUGCCUGCAUGGUUGACUUACUUGGUCGUGCGGGUCAGCUUGAAGAAGCCAAGGACUUGAUAGAAUCAAUGCCAAUCAAACCUGAUUCUUCGGUGUGGGGAGCUUUACUUGGCGCUUGUGCAAGUCAUGGCAAUCUUGAAAUGGGUAGAGAAGUUGCAGAAAAGCUUUUUGAGUUGGAACCACACAAUCCAGGCAACUACGUGCUACUCUGCAACAUAUAUUCAAAACAUGGAAGGUUGAAGGAAGCUGAUGAAGUAAGAAGAUUGAUGGGUGUGAAUGGAGUAAGAAAAGAAGCUGGAUGUAGCUGGAUUGAUGUGAAGAACAAAACCCAUAUAUUUAAAGUUGAGGACAGAUCACAUCCCAGAUCAAAUGAGAUUUAUCAAGUUUUGAGGAAGGUGGAAGAGUUGGUGAAGAAAAAUGGAUAUGUAGCUGAAACCCAAUAUGCAGUGAAUAGUGGAGAAGAUUAUAAAGAGAGGAGCUUGUGGAAUCAUAGUGAGAGACUAGCGCUUGCCUUUGGGAUUCUGGCUCUUCCACCUGGAGCUCCAAUAAGGAUAAUGAAGAAUUUGAGGACUUGUGGUGAUUGUCAUACAGUCAUGAAAUUUGCUUCAAAGACUUUUGAAAGAGAGAUUAUUGUUAGGGAUAUUAAUCGAUUUCAUCGGUUCACUAAGGGUCUGUGUUCUUGCAGAGAUUAUUGGUAA